AAGUUAUUAAGAGAAUUUAUUUUGGUUUAUAAAUUAUAAAAUAAUUAAAAACGACCUUAUUACCUUUAUUAAAGGCAAAAUAUUUAAAAAAAAAUUCAGGAUUAUUUCAUGUUUUUGUUUAGCCAUUCAAAAAAAAAAAAUUUAUAUUAAAAGUGUAAUAAAGUGCAUUAUGAUUUUUUCUCAGUAAAUUUUCUGGAUCGCGUGCGGCACAAAUCAUAUGCGGAUAAAUUAAUAAUAUUCUGUACUGUAGUGUGUGGAAACCUUAUCCAUUGUAUGUGAUAAUUAAAUUAAACGCAAUUUCAAUUACAUACACGUAGUUACAUGUUAUAAAAGUUUGUUGUGUUGAAAAUAAAUAGUUGAUUUAAUUAAAAAUUUUAAUAAAAAAUUGAAAAAAUAAGGAAAAAUUUUUUCUGUUGCCUUUAAAUUUAAAUUUUAACCUAGUUUAAUAAAUUUUUGUGUACAUACCCACUGAAUACAAAAAUAUUAUUACAUAUGUACUAAAUAAAUACUUAUAAAAUUUCAAUCAAUAGUAAUUUUACAAUAGCAGUAAUUGUCUAAAUAGUGCCGAAAUAUUUGCAAAUAUAAAAAAAAAAAAUAUUUAUAAACAAAAAGUGUUAAAAUUUCUAUAUGAAAAGAUUUAUAUAAUACUUUAUAUAUACCAACCAACAUAUAUAUUUUAUAUACCUAAUGUAUAUUUAAUAUUUCAGCCAUAGAACAAAAAUACACGAUUUUUUUUUUUUUUAUUUAUUUUACAUAUAUUUAUAUGUAAAAUUUUUUAAUAUAUAAAAAAAAAAAUAUAUUGAAAAUUAAAAAGAAGAAAAAUUAUAAUUAAAAAUGAGCUGCACAACAUGUAAUAAUCUAAUGUCAACGCUCAAAAAAUCAAGACUGAUACAUUUAUCAAUAGGAAUUUCAUUUUUUGUGUCAGGAUUAUUAAUUAACUUACUACAAUUUUGCUUAUUUGUUUGCCUUAGACCAUUCAAUGUAAAAUUAUAUAGAAAAUUGAAUUAUUAUCUAUGUUAUUCAUUAUAUUGCCAACUUGUGUUUUUAGCAGACUGGUGGUCCAAUACAAAGCUAACAGUUUAUUGUGAUGGAGAUAUAUUUACAAAAGAUGAAAAUGUUUUAUUAAUGAUGAAUCAUACAUAUGAAAUUGAUUGGCUUUUAGGAUGGAUAUUUUGUGAAAAACGUUUUGUAUUAGGAAAUUGUAAAGCAUUUGCAAAAAAAGUUAUUAGAUAUAUACCAAUAAUUGGAUGGUGUUGGUAUUUUGCUGAAUUUGUAUUUUUAGAACGUUCCUUUGAAAAAGAUAAAGAAAUUAUUGCAACACAAUUAAAAGAAGCAUUUAGUUAUCCAGAUCCAGUUUGGUUAUUAUUGAAUGCAGAAGGUACACGUUUUACAGAAUCAAAACAUGAAGCAUCUGUACAAUUUGCUAAAGAAAGAGGUAUGACAGUUUUAAAACAUCAUUUAAUACCAAGAACAAAAGGAUUUACAGCUAGUUUACCAACAUUAAAAAAAUAUUGUCAUGCAAUUUAUGAUAUUAAUUUAUCUGUAAAAAAAGAUGAUCCGGUUCCACCAACAAUAAGAAGUUUAUUAUUUGGUAAUAGUGUUGAUGCAUAUAUGUUUGUUAGACGUAUACCAAUGAAAGAUGUACCAAGUGAUGAAAAUGAAGCAGCUGCUUGGUUACAAAAUUUAUUUGUUGAAAAAGAUAAAAUUCAAGAUAGUUUUCAUACAACUGGUGAUUAUUUUAAAACUUCUGGUUUCAAAGAAACAAAAUCAUUUGUUCAGAAACGUCGUAUUUAUCCAUUAUUAAAUGUUGUUGGAUGGUUAUUAGUUACUGUAUUACCAUUAAUUAAAUUUAUGUUUACAUCGUUAAUAUAUGGAAAUUGGUUUAGUUUAACAAUAGUAUCUAUAUUAAUAUUAAUACUUUAUGUUAUAAUGAGGAAAUCAAUAGGUAUGUCGGAAAUACGUAAAGCAUCAAAAUAUGGAAUGAAUAACCAUAAGAAAGAUUAAAUCAAAUAAAAACUGACUAGACACAAAAUCAAGAAAUGAACAAAAAAAAAAAAAAAACUGAUUCGAUAUUAAAAUUAUAUAUUUUUGAUAAAUAUUCA